ACUGCUGUUCGUCAGUUGUCAAAAGUGUAGCUAUUGUGGGUGUCUUAGUUUUAGUAACAAUCAGCAUAAAACUCUUGAUUUGAGUUAAGAUUAAAUUAAUUCGUUGUUAAAAAACACGUAGAAAACAUGGCACUAAAAGGACAAGUUGGUCAAAAAAUCAUGAACGAAGUGAUAAAACACAAAGCGACCAAGAAAAAUGGUCCGGCACACGGAAUGGAUUGGCGAGUUUUGGUCGUCGAUCAACUAGCCAUGAGGAUGGUUUCGGCUUGUUGCAAAAUGCACGACAUUUCAGCCGACGGAAUCACACUGGUCGAGGACAUCAACAAGAAAAGAGAACCGCUGACGACAAUGGAGGCGAUAUAUUUGAUAACGCCGUCAGAAAAAUCGGUGCACGCUUUGAUGAACGACUUCGAGGCGAGGCACAUGUACAAAGCAGCACACGUAUUCUUCACCGAAGCAUGUCCUGAUAAUUUGUUUCAAAAAUUGUCGCAGCACCCAGUUGUGAAAUACAUUAAAACCUGUAAAGAAAUCAACAUUGCUUUUAUACCUACCGAAUCACAGGUAUUUUCACUGGAUUGUCCGGACACAUUCCACUGCAGUUACGAUCCAUCGAUGGAAUCGGCGCGGAACGCCAACAUGGAAAGAAUGGCUGAACAGAUCGCAACUUUGUGUGCCACUUUGGGUGAAUAUCCAUCCGUCAGAUAUCGAAGCGAUUGGGAGCGCAAUGUGGAGCUUGCCCAGAUGAUCCAACAAAAAUUGGACGCUUACAAAGCCGACGAGCCGACAAUGGGCGAAGGUCCGGAGAAAGCCAGAUCCCAACUGUUAAUUCUGGACCGAGGUUUCGAUUGUGUUUCACCUUUGUUGCACGAACUUACAUUUCAAGCUAUGGCCUACGAUCUUCUUCCAAUUGAAAACGACGUGUACAAAUAUGAAGCUUCCGCCGGAGCCAUGAAAGAAGUGCUCCUGGACGAGAACGACGAGUUGUGGGUCGAGUUGCGUCACCAGCACAUCGCCGUUGUGUCUCAGAGCGUUACCAAAAACCUCAAAAAGUUCACCGACUCGAAGCGGAUGACGUCGAGUGAUAAACAGUCCGUCAAAGAUCUGUCGCAGAUGAUCAAAAAAAUGCCGCAGUACCAGAAGGAGCUGUCGAAAUACGCAACGCAUCUACAUCUAGCUGAAGAUUGCAUGAAGGCAUACCAAGGGUUCGUCGAUAAGUUGUGCAAGGUUGAACAGGACUUGGCCAUGGGCACUGACGCCGAAGGUGAAAAGAUCAAGGAUCACAUGAGGAACAUCGUACCGAUCCUCCUCGAUCCAAAAAUCACCAACGAAUACGACAAGAUGAGGAUCAUCGCUUUGUAUGCGAUGACCAAGAAUGGAAUCACCGAGGAGAACCUGUCCAAACUUGCGACCCAUGCUCAGAUUAAAGAAAAGCAAACCAUCGCCAACUUACAACUGCUUGGUGUCAACGUUAUCAAUGAUGGUGGAAACAGGAGGAAGCCGUAUUCGGUACCAAGGAAAGAAAGGAUCACCGAACAGACGUACCAAAUGUCCAGAUGGACGCCGGUAAUCAAAGACAUCAUGGAAGAUGCCAUUGAUGAUAAGUUGGAUCAGAAGCAUUUCCCAUUUUUGGCUGGACGUGCACAAACCAGCGCCUACCAUGCUCCUACAAGCGCUCGAUAUGGCCACUGGCAUAAGGACAAGGCGCAGCAAACAGUGAAGAACGUCCCCAGGUUGAUCGUUUUCAUUGUGGGUGGCAUGAGUUUUUCAGAGAUCAGAUGUGCCUAUGAGGUGACCAACGCAGUGAAGAAUUGGGAGGUCAUCAUCGGGUCGUCCAACAUCUUGACACCCGAAGGUUUCCUUAGCGAUCUCGCGUCGCUCACUGCCUAGAAUUCAGCCAAAAAGGUUACUUUCACUAUUCCGGAUUAAUGAUUCUGCUUUUAUCUUGUGAUUGUUUCUAAUGAUAAAAUUCUAUAUCACCAUUUUUAGACAGUCUUUAAAAUAAUUUGUUUCAAUCAUAUGUAUAUAUUGUAGGUUUGAGGGAAUGGGCGAGAGUUCUGAGAUACUGUAGAUUUUGUUGGCUAGUUCUAAAAUCAAAAGAUCGUUUUGUAUUUUAUCUGUGUUACAAAAUAUGUCUGUUGAUCCUUGUAGUGUUAUUAAUCUAUUUGCCAGUAUAAAUAUUUUAUAAUCUAUGUAUUAAUCAGUAUUUGUUUUUAUUUAUUUAAUAUUCGUUAAUCGCACAUUAUCCGUGCUGUAAUAUAAGCAAUCAAUUCCGUAUAAGUUACUUAUAUUACUGACUGCAUAUUAUAAUUUUAUUUACUUUAUCUAAGCUGUUAGAUACUUGAACCUGUUAGUAGUAGUAAAAAUUAAUUAAUAAUAGCUUUAUUACUAGUUAUAGUUUAAAAUUUUAUAAAUGGCUCGAUACAAACGAGUCUAAAUAAUAAUCUAGUCUGCACAUCACCGUUAAGUGAAAAUUAAUAUGUUGUUCAUGUUUAGAUACAGAAUUGCAUGUGUAAUUAAAAUACAUAUUAUUCAUGUUUUAGAGUAGGAAAAACUUGUAUCAUAUUAUGAAAUAUGACUAGUGUCUUAAUUUUUCUCUAAUCGAAAUGUGUCUAGAGUCAAUAAGAAAUUUCUGAUUAUAUAUGCUUAAAAGUGUAAUAUAUUUAUUUUUUUCGUG